AUGAAGGGAUGGCGGCGGCGGCGCAGAGAGUACUGCAAGUUCGCGCUCCUGUUGGUGAUCUACACGUUGGUGCUGCUGCUUAUACCUUCCUUGAUGGACGGCGGCAGAGAUUCGGACAAGAUCAUAGGGCAUUGCCCUGGCCUGCAGCGCAGCCUUGGAGUGUGGAGCCUGGAAGCGGCGGCAGCGGGCGAACGUGAGCAGGGUGCUCAGGCGCGUCCCGCUGCAGAGGGGGGCGCAAGCCAGUCUCCCGGGAUACCAGGUAACCUUAGCAGUGCGGUCGGGGAGGCUGUGCCCCAAGAUAAACAGCACAUCUACGUGCACGCCACCUGGCGCACGGGUUCAUCAUUCCUGGGUGAGCUUUUUAAUCAGCACCCGGACGUUUUCUACUUAUACGAACCCAUGUGGCAUCUCUGGCAAGCACUGUAUCCGGGUGAUGCUGAGAGCCUGCAGGGCGCGCUGCGCGACAUGCUGCGUUCCCUCUUCCGUUGCGACUUCUCUGUGCUGAGACUGUACGCGCCGCCAGGGGACCCAGCUGCGAGGGAUCCAGACUCAGUCAAUCUCACCACGGCCACUCUCUUUCGCUGGCGGACCAACAAGGUUAUCUGCUCACCACCACUGUGUCCCAGAGCUCCCCGUGCCCGCUCCGAAGUGGGUCUAAUAGACGAUACCACUUGCGAGCGCAGCUGUCCACCAGUGGCGCUCCGUGCCCUGGAGGCUGAGUGCCGUAAGUACCCGGUGGUGGUCAUCAAGGAUGUUCGCCUUCUUGACCUGGGUGUGCUGGUACCUCUGCUGCGUGACCCUGGCCUCAACCUGAAAGUAGUGCAGCUUUUCCGCGACCCGAGGGCCGUGCACAACUCGCGCCUGAAGUCCAAGAAGGGGCUGCUGCGAGAGAGCAUCCAAGUGCUGCGUGCCCGCCUGAGGGGCGACCAUUUUCACCGCGUGUUGCUAGCACACGGUGUGGGAGCUCGCCCGGGUGGCCCUUCACUCUCGAUACCCGCGGCGCCACGAGCGGAUUUCUUCUUAACCGGCGCGCUCGAGGUGAUCUGCGAAGCUUGGCUGAGAGACCUGCUGUUCACGCGUGGCGCACCCGCCUGGCUCCAGCGCCGUUAUAUGAGACUGCGCUAUGAGGAUCUGGUAAGACAGCCCAUCACGCAGCUGAGUCGCCUGCUAGGCUUUGCCGGGCUGCGUGCGAUGGCUGCGCUCGACGCUUUUAUGAUUAACAUGACUCGAGGCACAGCUUAUGGGGCUGACCGACCCUUCCACUUGUCAGCACGAGACGCCCUCGAGGCUGUGCAUGCCUGGCGUGAGCGCCUGAGCCGGGAGCAGGUGCACCAUGUGGAAAUGGCCUGUGCUCCAGCCAUGCGUCUACUCGCCUACCCUAUCAGUGGAGAAGAGGGCCACUCCGAGGCGCCCAGGGUCCAGGAAACCCCACUGGAGACUGAGGCUAAAGGUGCCACGUAG